AUGCCAUUGCCAUGCAUCCCUAACGGGCUCCGACUAGGGCAGAGACCACUGGCCACCGUCAUUCGUGGUCAGCGACGCGCUUACCAUGCCGCCGUCGUCGGAGGUGGCAUCACCGGCUUGACAGCUGCGUGGAAGCUUGCGCGGGACCCCAAAUGCACCCAAGUUACCCUCUACGAAAAGUCGACAAGGCUUGGUGGCUGGAUGGAGUCCGAGAAAAUCCCAGUGGAUGGAGGCCAUGUGGUAUUCGAGUAUGGCCCGCGAACUUUGCGAUGGUCAAUUCCAACAUCAGGCUUCAUGCUAGAAAUGGCCGUGCUGCUAGGAAUAGCCGAUCAAAUGAUUUUUACCCAAAAGAACAGCCCCGCAGCGCUGAACCGUUACAUCUACUAUCCGGAUCACCUCGUCCGUCUACCUUCACCCCGACCCGACAUUGGCCUCAUGGAAAACCUGCGCAACUUCUUCCGAGCAUUCAAAGAGCCAGUAAUGAAACCGUUACUACCAGCACUGCUUUUUGAACACACCAAACCUACGCGCGUGCCAGACGAGUGGCAGAAAGACGAGUCCGUUUCAAGCUUCAUUUCGCGCCGUUUUAACUCCCAAGUGGCAGAUAAUUUAGUUUCAGCUGUAUUUCAUGGUAUCUAUGCGGGAGAUAUCGAUCAACUAAGUGCACAGAUGCUCUUGGGCUCCAUGCGUGACUUGGAGUAUAACGGCGUUCUGUAUGGAAUGUUCAUGAAGGCAUUCUCUCGCAGAGCCACGCUUUUGCAUGACGACAUGCUGGCUCAGGAAUCAUCCAAUUUCUCAGCGGGAAUUCAGGAGAUGGUUGAUAACGACGAUGUUGAGGGACUGAGACCCUUCAAGGGGAGUGUCCCUCUGACUCGGGGAGCUAGCACUUUCACGUUCAAAUGUGGAACUCAGCAGCUCACUGAUGCAAUCGCUUCCACCUUGGAAAAAUCAAAUAAAGUCGAAAUCAGAACGGGGGUAGAUAUUCGUACAAUAUCAUACCAGCCGAAUGAAUACAAACCUAUGGAUAUCGCAACUUCAAACGAUCGCAAAUCUUAUGAUCAUGUCAUUGCUGCGAUUCCAGCCCCUGCUCUGAAAAAAGUUCUUGAAGAGACACCUCCAUCGACUAACCACCCCGUGUCUGCAAAAAGCCCCAGCCACCGUCUCCCAAGCGACACCAUCCAGCAGCUCAAGCCGUUUGACUACGCAACGACUGUCAUGGUAGUCAAUCUCUACUACUCGAAUCCCAGCCUGCUUCCCGAGCAGGGUUUCGGGUACCUCAUCCCUCGAUCAGUCCCGGCCGACCAGAAUCCCGAAUGUGGUCUCGGCGUGAUCUUCGCCUCCAAUUCCAGCGAAGGACUCGGCGAAGCAGACGCAACCAUGGAACACGCUUCUGAUUUUAUGCACAAGCCCUGCCCAACAAUGGCCAAGCAAGUAUCACAGGAUACUGUACGCGGCACCAAGCUGACAGUCAUGAUGGGCGGACAUUACUGGGACCACUUUAAACCAAGCGACUACCCCGACCAUGACACUGCUGUCAGCAUGGCACGCAAUAUGCUCGAGCGACACCUUGGAAUCACUGAUGUUCCAGCUAUUACGCGAAGCCGCCUCCAGAAAAAUGCCAUUCCCCAAUACAAGGUCGGUCACUUGGAUCGCGUGUAUGAGCUCUCCAAGGCCGUCAAGCGUGAUUUCAACCAGAGGCUUGUUCUGGCCGGUAAUUGGUACAAUGGUGUGGGUGUUGGUGACUGUGUGAGACAGGGCAUAAUGGCCGCGACAUAUGGUAUUGGCUACAAGAUCCCUCCACAAAAUUGGAAGAGUCCGACGAAUCCAUGGGCGUCUUUUAACCAGGAAGACUGGGACUUGCAAGGUGGUAUUCCUACGGCACCGGUGCGCAUGUUCGAAGCACAGGUCAGAAAAUGA